GAAAUAUGAAACGGAGAGAUUGAGUUGAGAGGUUUCUGUGGUGUUCGUUUUGUUGUUGUUCUGAUUUGCCGUCAGUAACAAAGCAUGCGCACUAUUGCGAUAAAUUUUCAUUUCAUGCAUCGGCCAAGUUUUUUUUUCACUUCUUUUUCGUGUAUUUUCGAACCGUCAUCAUAAAUUGACUUAAUUGCAGUACUUGAAAAAUUACAGAUUUCCAAAAUAAUCAGGGAAAAAUAGCGAUUGAACUCAGUCGAGCCAGUUCUGGUGGCAGCUGUGUAACGAGUAGCAGUGUGAAUAAUAACUUGAGUGUCUCACAAUUCACGUGUAUCAUCACAUUACAGUGUAAAUCACUAGAUUUUUUGCCGGCAAAUCUUGUGUGUUUGCACACGCUUCCAUCAGUUUUCGUUAGCUCGGGUACGAAAUAGUUGUACGAACGAAAUUCGGUCAUUCAAAUAAUUUGCGUAAAAAUAAGAAAAAGGGAACCGUGUAUUUUUGGUGUCUAAAUCCAUCUGUCUGAGACGGGCGAGCAAACAAUGUCAGCGCAAACAGUUUUAUUGGAUUUGUCAAUUGACCCGAGCCGAAUCAGUGACGAGGUCGGGCAAAAAGAUGUGGUGAAACUGUUGGAAAAGGGUUUGUUGGAGUAUUUUACACAGAUAAAAUUGAUCUUCGAGACAAGCACAUCCGAUGGCCAUUUAUGUGUCUUUUCCCAGAACAACACCAUUUUUCUGAAUGCACGUUUCUUCAAUCGCGGCAUCAUUACAAUCAACAUUGAAUACUUCAAAGAUGAUGCUGAACAGCCGUCUGUCACAUUUGAUUUAACACGUCAAAUGCGAAACCAUUUGGAAAAAGUCCUCAAUGUAAUUGGUCAUGCUUAUCCAGCCAUACAUAGAAGUCAAAUUAGAAAAUAUUUCCCAUCCUCAGAUGACCGAAUUCUUGAAUACGACAUCGACAAGGUCAUAUUUGAGGGUACCUCACCAUUCCAGAAGAUACAAAUUGUUCACUCAAAAAGCUUGGGAAACAUGUUGGUCCUUGAUGAGCUCCAAAAUAUUGCCGAAUCGGACCUAAUUUAUACCGAAACGUUGAUGCAGCGCGGCAUCGAAAACUACGAAGGCAAAGAGAUUUGCAUUCUUGGUGGUGGCGACGGUGCUCUCCUGUACGAAUUGUUGAAGGAAAAACCGAAAUUCGUAACAAUGCUUGAAAUUGACGAAAUGGUCAUGCAAGUCUGCAAUAAGUAUUUAACAUCGAUUUGUGGUGAUGUUUUGGAAAAACGCAAAACCGAUAACUUUGAGAUUAUCGUCGAUGACUGUAUGAUUUACUUGGACAAGUUCAUUAAAGAAGGCAAAAAGUUUGAUUACGUGUUCGGUGAUUUGACUGAUAUCCCCAUAUCGGACACGCCAACCGGCGAAGUAUGGAACUUUUUCCGCUCAAUUUUGGAGCACUCGUUCAAAAUUUUGAAACCAACUGGAAAGUAUUUGACACACGGCAAUGGCGCCAAUCGUCCAGACUCGUUGGGCAUGUUCGAAGAGCAGCUUGCAAAAUUGGAGCCAAAGGUUAAAUUUACAAGGGCAAAUGCAUUUGUGCCUUCGUUCAUGGAAGACUGGGUCUUCUAUCAAAUCGCAUUUGAAGACGUUUGAUUUUCAACUCCCGCAUAGCAAUGAGAUUGAUCGAAUUUAGGAUUUUCGUUUGAAUUAGACACUUGCACACAGUUCAGAGGUGGAAUUGUUUUCAUCUUAUUUACAACUAAUUUUGCAAAUAAUUCCUUUGGCUACAUAGUAUACCAAAAACUAGAAUAUAAAAAUGCAUACACAAAGAUGACACCAAAAACAAACUUAUAUUGUAAAUUCCAUUUCAAUUCAAUAAAAAGUCAAUUUGAGAAAA